CAAAUUUAGCGUCUAUGGAGCUCUAAUGGGUCAUGGCCUCACUAUCACACCACUCGCCCCGACCCUGAUUCACCUCCUAUAUAAAUGUAAUGCAAUGCUAGCAUCUCGAUCAAUACUAGUGUUGGUGGUCUAGCUAUCAAAGAGAAAUCGACAACAAGAUGGCCGCCAAGCGAAAGGCCGGGUCGCUGCUAGUCGUCAUCCUUGUGGUGGCGGUGGCCACAUCAUGUGUGCCGGUGGCCUCCGGGGAUGAGAAGGCUGCUCCCACCUGCCUCACCGAGUACUCCAAGCUCUGUGGCAAGGGCGAGAAAAAGGACGUCGCGUGCACCGCCAUGGUCGACAAGGCAUGCGGCACUGAGGCAACCAGCGUCACCUUCAUCGAGCGCUUGUUCACGGAGCUCGCCGAGGUCGGGGAAAAGAAGGAAGAAGCCUUUAAUAUACAAACGUCUGGAGGGCAGCGUGCCCUGAAAGAAUCCGUCGACAAGCAUGGUGGCUGCCCCGGCAACAAGACCGUCAAGGACUAUUCUACCCAAUGCGGCGCCGACUGUGACAAGGCAUGCAUGGAACCUACUUGCACCGACAACUGCAACGUCGAAUGCCCAUACAUGGCUGCGAGAUUUGGCUACAUCAUGGCCACCCCCGCCAAUAAGAAAGCCAUAGAGCAAGACAUGGAUUGCUUUAAGCGUUGCUCAAAGGAAAAGGAUAGCUCAGAUAACAAGUGUCGCGAUACAUGCAAGCUGAUUUCUUCUACCCCGACACUUGGCUAGGCCAAAGUCGCUUGAAAAUGCAUCUAUUUAUUAUUUAUUUUUGCAAAUUGAAAAUGAUUGUAUUUUACCGUAUUGAUUUAUUCAUGUGUUCCCAUGUAUUCAUCUUUUUGUGUUCUCAAUUCUAAACCAAUGAAUAAAAGGGCGUUACUCGGAAUACUUU